ACAACAAGCCAUAACCUUGAUAAAUCAAAGUUUAUUAUAACAAUUUAUUUAACUAAUUAAAAAUGUCAUAUGAAGAUCGUUACAAUUCUUGGUGUAAACGUUCAUAUGUAAUACGUAAAAAUAAUGAAAAUAAAAAAAAAAUAUUGUUAGUAUUACUUGCCUUACUUGCUGUUGAUGAAGAUGAUGAUGAUGAUGACAAUAAAAAAAAAUAUUUAUCAAUAAUAUCUAAAAAAUGUAGUGAAUAUAGUUUUUAUUAUAAAAUAUUUCCAAAAAUUUGUUUAAAUAAUAGUUUAUUUAGAAAUUAUUUUCAUAUGAAUCCAUGUAAAUUUGAAGAACUACUUUGCAUCAUUGUACCAUCAAUUAUAACACAAAAUAAAUAUGAUGACUGUGAUAAAAAAAUAUCUAUUGUUGAAAGAUUGGCAUUAACAUUAAGAUUUUUAACAUCUGGUGAUUCAAAAGUUUCAAUGUCCAUGUUCAAUUUGAAACACCUGCUAGUAUUUCAUUUAUCCACAUGUGAUAGAAAUAAAGACGUGUAUAAACAGCAGGAUAAUUUAAUGUCGUUGGAACUAAUGAAAUAAUUCCAACAAGAGUACGACCAGCUAUGAUAGGACUUCCUCCGUUUCCCUAAAUAAUUUAUACAUGAAUUAUUAAUUAUUCGUUUUAUAAAUUAAUUUGAUAUAUUAUUACUAUUACCUCUGUUAUACGAGCAGUUUUUAAAAUUGGUAAAAAACAAUAUUGUGAUUUUGUAAAAACACCAUGUUGAUAAUAUUUUUGUUUACACAUAUUAUUGGGAAUUGAUUUAACUUUUGUCUCAUGAAGAUAUCGUGUCAAUGUGGAUGUUGUUGGAUCAUUACCCCAACCUGUAGCAUGAUAAGUUUUGCUGCUUGAUGGUCCAGCAAAAAAAGUGGCUGGUUUCGAUAAAUAAUUUACUUCUAUUUUUGACACUAGUUUGAGAAUAGCUGAAGACACAAAAAAAAAAAAAUAACAUUAAUAAUUUAUUUUGUUUUAUUUUAGAUAUUAAUUUACCAAUAUCGUUUAUCCAAAAAGAAUGAGGUUCAUAAUUUUCAUGAAUAAUAGCAAAUUCUACUUGAUGAAUUUGUCGAUAUAAUGAUUCACGAGGCUCCAUGAUAUCAUCUGUUCCACUUAAAACUUGAAGAUUACUAUAAAAAAUAUGACUAUCAGCUGUUACACAACUAGCAGCUGUUGCAAUAUGACUUUCUGAAAUAAUUGUUCCUCCACACAUGUGAUGUUCAUGAUAUUGAACUGAUACCAUCCAUGGACGUUGAUACAUCAACGUUCUUAUUCCACCAUAAAUUUUAUUUGGUAAAUUUCCAUUUACAGCUUAAUUAAAAAAAAUAUAUUGCUUGAAUUUUGAUAUCAAGUUAUAUUAAAUUAUAAAAAUUAUAAAACUUACCAGAUAUUAAAAUAAUCAAAGAUAUUGUCGAAUUCAAAUCGACAAAUUUACACAUAAUUAUUAAAAUAAUCAAAACACCCAGCUAUAUCAGAACAAAUUAUUGUACUACGACUCAAUUAUCUACGUUUAUAAAAAUUAAAAAUUUAGGAUUUACAAAACAGUAUUUACUAUUAGCCAUAUAUACUUGAUAUAUUUACAUUUUUUUUUCUAUUUCAAAUCAAGUUUUUCGUGUAAUAAAUUCAUUGUCUUGA